AUGGAUAAUUGCCAACGACGUGGACGAGUGGCUCGCCCCCAGAAACAAGCAUACCUCGGCAAAAGGCUCGUCGCUUUCUCACUCCUCGCCGCAUCCGUACCAGCAACGUUGGCGCAACAGAGGUGCAUUUCACUACAGGGUUCGACAAGUUGUCCGGCAUUCAGCUCAGCAUCGAUCAGUACGAACUUGACUGGGGAAUAUUCUUUUCUCUCGUUCGUAUCGGAUGCCAGCACGUUUGACCGACAGCUGCAAUCCUACAUCGCGACCACUUAUUCGCAACAAAAGUACCAAAACGUUUUGGGCUGUUCGAGCAUCAAUCUCACCAAUACCACUAAGAUUUAUGCUCGAUACACCACAUCUGUUCUUUGUAAUGCUAUUGUUCAAAGUUCCAAAGAACCAUGCGGGUUGAGUGAUGCAAAUUCGACACCACUAUGCGCUAGCGAUUGUGCUGAUUUCGCCGUGAGCGAACAAUUGAUAGCUGCAAGCCCAGAUCUAUGCGGUACGCCAGGCAGCAAUGCAAACACGCAAAUACGAGCCGACUUCACACGCUGUUCAUUACCGGCAGAUUCACUUAGUGGGAGCUGCAUCGAGGCGGUGCAGAAUGAGCCGAGCGAGUGUGGCUUCCAGUCCAACCUGGAGGGAUUGUGCGCGUUCUGUGCAACGAGCACUGCAAAUUCCACAGACUCGUGCUGUCAAAACGCAAACGUCGAGUCGCGCUGCGUAGGCGUAGUACUUCCAACAAUAGUAUCAAUGCCGCCGCUAUGGCCAUCGAGCACGACAUCGGGCACGCCAAAUGCUACUUCGGGCGCGACUGGUGCAGGAAAUUCGUCGAAGUCGGGGCUGUCUGGAGGCGCAAUUGCGGGCAUUGUCAUCGGAUCCAUCGUCGGCGCAGCGCUGGUUCUUGCUGGCAUCGUCUUAUGUUGCUUCCAAAUGCGGAAACGCAAGCAAAGCCAGGUUGGCAGUGUUCUGAAUACGCCCUCUCCAACACGCCACUCUUCUCGAGGCUAUCCGAUGAGCUACGGAGGGGAUGGUAUUGCCCCUCCCACCAUUAUACCCGGAGCUCGCGUGCAACGCAUGUCAGCUUUGGAAGGAUCAACAUCAUCAGAGGCUCAGAGCGAUUUGGCAGGUGGCGUCAUGAUGUCAGCCUUUAAUGACUCUCCACGUCGUGCUUACAGCUCUCCAGGUUCGGCACGCAGCCGUCUUGGAGGCGCUCUACCAAAACGCGAAGGUUCCCUGGCGAGCACCUCUGUCCUUGGUUCAUCUACGACUUCUCCUCAGACUGCAUCUGAUGGGCAACAAUUUUCUAGUCCUGAUGGCGUCGCCUCUGCGCAAUCUGAGCAACUGCAAUUCUUCAAGGACUACUAUUCUCAGGAUGACAUCCAUCCAGGCACCACAGUUGCUACGCUAUGGGCAUACCAACCACGCGCCGGCGAUGAGUUUGAGUUGGACCGUGGGGACUUGCUCAAGGUUGUCGGUAUCUGGGAUGACGGCUGGGCAACGGGAAUCAGAAUCAGUGGAUCGGCAGAGGACUGGGAGUUGCGAAAAGCUGAGCAACGUGACUCAGGCGUCAGCAGCGCGAGCAGUCGUUCGCGAGGUGACGUCGACGGCGACAUCAAAGCUUUCCCGCUAGUGUGCGUGUGCCUGCCGCAACACUGGCGGAAGACGAUCGAUGGGGACAGCACGGAUACUGGAGGUGAUCGACUGCCUCCAAGUCCCUAG